UACACUUCCGGUGAUGACGUACAACACACUUCCGGGUUCCGUUUUGCGGAAUUGUAGCUCGUUCAAUGAUAAACAUUUAGUGGUAAAGGCCUUCGGAUCGAAUACCACUUAACGAAUGAGAUCUCCGAUUAUAUUAUAUUCGAUUCUACUGAAAGCACCGAGUAACAAUACGUUAGUAACGAGUUCUGCUUGAUUGAGUAACGAAUACAUACUGGUACAUAAUUCCUCGUUACUUUUACAGCACUACUGUUAAGAGUUUGCGGGAACUCCAGUUUGGUCUCAAAAUUUGCCAUAAUCGUGACGUUAUUUCAGAGGCGUGUCUUUCAAAGCGUCGCACUUGAAUUCGGUUUACCCAACAGCUAACAGGCAGUUGCCGCUGCUAACGUCGCACUUGAAUUGCCCCCUAAGAUCUAGUUCCCUUAAGAUCAAGUCUAACAAAAUUACAAAAUUUACGGUUUUGAAACAGUCGAAGGUAGAUUGCAAAAGAAAUUACUGCAGCUGAUUUGCUUUCGGUAUAAACAUAUAAGUAUUUGAUAGUGUAAAUUGGCAUCAUACGGAAAUUGCAAAUGCAAAACAUGGCUGAUGGUCAAGAGGUUUCUUGGAGAUCGCAAAGUUUCCGUCAAAAUGUUAGGGGUAAAAUUGAAGAAGCUAUUAGACUGUCUGGAAAUCCAACAACCAAGAGUGUUGCUGAAAUGGAGACUCAUGUUUUUCAGAAAGCUAAGACUAAGGAAGAAUAUUUGGGUUUUGUUGCUAGGCUAAUAAUACAUGUUAGAGAAACGAAUUCUAAAAAAACUAUGACUGGUGCUGUACCAUCUGGAAACAUGGCCUCAACAGCUGGGGUUGGUGUAGGAGGUCAAGUAUCUGAUCCUAUGAGUGCGCUCAGAAGCAUGGCUGGACAAGGCAGUGGAGGGACUGUUACAAUUCAGCCCCAGCCUGGGCAAACACAGAUGACUGCCUCUCUUCUAGGUUCUGGAGGCACUAUAAGUCAGAUGCCAACACCACCACAGCCACAGCCUCAAAUACAAGUACAGUCGUUAGGACCAGGAAUUAAUCCAGCUACUGGUCCAAAUGUUGUGACAUCAUCCAUCAAUCCUCCUGGCAUGAGCCCAAUGGUUAUGCAGCAAACCCGAUUUUUGGGUCCUGGGGUUUUGGCAUCUCAGCAAGUUCAGCAACGACCACAAAUGCUUGCUCCAAAUGUUCAGUUAUUACAAAAAUACAGGCAACAAGUACAGCAAGGUCCUCCACCAAAUGUUACAAGUACUCAAAUUCCUAUGCAAGGAAAUUUCAAUGAAAAUAUGUUUAUGCAGUCUCAGCAAAGUCCUCUCUCUUCUCAGUUUCAAGGUCAUAGCCCUGCACCUGCCACAAUUGCAAGUCAAGGACCUAACAGUAACCAACCUGCAAUUCCUUCCCCUGCUAAUCAUCAUCCUCAAAGCAUGAGUUCACAGAUGGCACCUUCUCCUGCUGUUUAUGCCCAAAGUCCAAAUUCCCAAAUUACCCCAUCUCCAGCUGCUAAUUAUUCUGCCCGCACACCUGGUGCACCAUCACCUGGUAGUGCUUUAAACACACCAAUUGCACCAGGUGCAACUCCUAGUCCUGUGAGCCGAGCCUCGCAGGAGGAUUCUUACCUUGAGAAGAGAAAGCAAUUAUCCAAGUAUAUUGAUCCAUUAAAGAAAAUGAUAGCCCGUAUUGACAAAGAUGAAAAUAAAAAGAAGGAUUUAAAUCGAAUGAAGAAUUUAUUAGACAUUUUAACGGAUCCAAAUCGCAGGUGCCCAAUGGAAGUACUUUUAAAGUGUGAACAAGUUUUAGAAAAGAUGAAUCCUUCUUUUAUGCAAAUGGAUGGUGUACCAAGUACACAGACAACAGCAUUACCUAUGAAAACCCAAGAGCAGAACAUCUGUCAGCCACUUCUGGAUGCCCUUACUAAUCAUAUCAAAUCGCCUAUGUUUAAUCACAUUCUUCAAAAGACUUUUGGGCCACCUGUAACAGCUCUUUUUGGGCCUAGUGUGAGGGUACCAACUCCACCCCCAAAGCGCCGAAAAGUGGAAGAUGAUUCAGCUGAAAUUUCUGAUGUGUUACAGGGAGAAAUAGCUCGUCUUGAUCAGAAAUUCAAAGUGCAACUAGAUCCCAUUCAACAUCUUGGAUCUCGUACUGUUAAUCUUAUCUGCCAGCUUGAUGACAAAAACCUCCCAUGCGUUCCUUCAAUAAGUAUUACUGUCCCUGAAAAUUAUCCUGAAAAACCACCCCAGUGCUACACUACCAAAGAUGAAUAUGAAUCAACUUCAAUUCUUCAAAGCAUUCAGCAGGUUCUCUCAACUCGUCUCAGUACUAUGCCUCAGAAAUAUUCCAUCACAUCACUUUUAGAUACCUGGGAAAUGAGUGUUCGACAAGCAUGUUCUUCGAAACCUGUGGCAGUGGAAAAUUGAUGUUUCCAAUUUUGUGAAUAUAGAACUGCUAAAACUAUCAAUAAUUAUUGCUUAUUGAAGUGCUAUGUUAUAUGUAAAUAAAAAAUAAAUAUUUUAUUAUUACUA